AUGAUUAAACAAAAAUCUGAUGAUUAUCUCAAGGAAAGUGAAACUAAACCUUAAGAGACUUCAGCAAGUAAUUCAAGUAAUAUUCAGUAGGAAGAAGAUGAUAUGCAAGACUAAUUUGAGACCAAAACUAUCAAAAAGAGAGUAGAAUCUAGAUUUAAUAAAAGGAGAGGAUUGAUACAUCAAAGUAGCCUUUAACCCUCCUAUAGCAAACUCUAGUCAGAGAUAUCAUAGGAUGAUUAUAGUGAGCAUUCCAAUAUUUAACAUAAUUCUGAUAGUUUCUAUGGCAAAGAGCAAAUAGACAAUAUUUAAGGGAAAUCUAAAUUUAAAGAGUCUAGAACUUCUGUUGAUGAGGACAAUGAUGGUGAUAUUAUAAUGAAUGAAGAUGAAUUAGCAGCUAUUAUUAACUAGGAUGUAGGCUAAGAAAUGACUGAGCUUUUGACUGAAGAGUAAAAACAAUAAAUCCUUAAAGUAAAGGAAUUGAGGAAUUAGAAGAGAAAAUUGGAUGGUAAUGAUUAUGUCCCAUUCGAUGAGUCAACAAGUGGAGGAGUAUUUGCUAGAGAUUAGAUCCAUUCUAUUAAUAAUAGAAUGGACAAUUUAGAGGCUCACAUUAUAUAAAGAUAGAUAAUUAAGGAGCAAUACUCAAUUAAUAGAAAUAAGAUGCAAGAUGCGUUCGAUAUGAGUAGAUAAAAAUUCAUCAGACCAAGUAAUGGAAUAAUUGAUUUAGACCAUGGAAUGUUUGAUGACGAACUAAUCAGCAAUGCCAGCGAAGAAGAGAAAGAUGAACUGGAAAAGCUGAUUAAAAGAACAGUUAAAAGCGGAAGUGGUAGAGACUAUGAUUCAAUUAUAAAGAAAGAUGUGAUGGCUUAUAAUAAAAAUAAAGGGGAUUCUGAUUAUAAUGAGAUUAAUAAAUUUGAGUAGUCAAGAAACUACUAACAGAUCAUAGCAUUUAUGGAUUAAAAUGAGGAUAGUUAUAUGAAUGAUAUAGAAGCAGAAAUAAAUAAGCUAUCAUAAUAAACUAAAGAAUUUGAACAAUAGAUGAGGGAUACAAAAAAUGAGUUGAAAUUAUCAGAAUUUGAAAUUUAAGAUUCAGAUAGCAGGUUCAAUGAAGUGGGUGAUAAUUUCAUACUAGCAAAGGAUAUUUGUGAAGUCCUUGAAGAUCUUAAGGAGAUGUUAAUGGAAAAGGAAUCAGACAUCAAAGAUGCUCUAAAAUAUAGACUAGAUAUAGAAAAAAGUAGUUAUGAUAAAAUAGCUUCGGAGUUUGUUUGUCAUAUUGCUGAUCUUUAUCAAGAAAUGGGCGUGAAAAAUAUUCCUUUAUAUGUAACGAAGCAUUUCAAAAGAGAAGUUCAUGAAGAUAUGAUGAAUGAUUUGCAGAGUAAAGAUUUGAGAAGUUUACAAAGGCAAAGUUGUAUUAGUGGAAUCAUUUGGGAAGUCAUAAUUACGAAGCAAAAUAGUGAAACAGUUAAGUAAAUGAAUAAACUUGGCAAAGAAGCAAAUGAAUAAAUUAUUGGCGAUAUCAUUGAAAGCUAUCAGAACUUAGAAGCGUCGUUAUACCCUUCUAUUACUAAAUUAAUUAAGAUGGGUGUAAAAGUAAAUCUUUUAGAUCUCAUUGACUAUAUCAAGCCUUAUUUCACACUUGAGAUACUAAAAUACAAUACGAGAAUAUUUACAGAAAAAAAUCUUCAUCAACAACUUAUUAAUUCAAAGUAACUGGAUGAAUUCUUAAUUGAAAACUCUGGUGAAUACACUAAUGCAAGCAUCAAAUUUUUCAAGUCAAAAUUAGCACUUGAACUUUAUUAAAAUAUGCUUUUGAGCUUUAUAAAUUAUGUUUGGAAUCCAUUCGAUGAAGAACAUACCAAAAGAUUCUUGGAGUUUCUUGAUAGUUAUGUUGAUGUUAUUUACAUACCAGAUGAGUAAAGUCUAGAACCUUUACAUGGAUUAUUAUAAGUUAAGGAGAUCCUGAAUACUCUUUUGAAAAGAUAUAACGACUGCAUCGAUUUACUAUAAAUCAACAAAAAUAAUGCAUCAUUAUCAGAAAUCAUUAAUGGGAUUGAGGCUAUAAUUAAAUCAAUAUUGUGUUGUAAGAACUAAGUACCAAAAAGCAACAUAAAUGCUCUUGUGUAUGGAUAGAUAUUUAACGAGAGUGUAUUUAAAGUUUGUGAUAAAUUAUUUAGUAAUAGUCCUCAAGUUAUUAAUGGCAUUUUGAAUAGAUUAAUAACUAGAGAGCUUAUAGAUUAUAGCCAAGAAUUGGAAACAGAAGAAGAAGUAUAGGAUAAGGAUUACUUAUUAUUCAAAGAAAGUUUAUAGAUGUUAAAACACAAUGAUUAGCUAUUGCCAACGCCUAUUUGA